AUGGCGCGCGAGGAGGUGAAAGCGGACCUGCUUAAAUUCCUUUCGCUUCUGGUGACUUUUGUCUUUCUGGCGCUGAGCGUGGGCGUGGCCUCUUGCGGCCUCUGGAUCUGCUUCGACUCGGGAAGCCUCGUCGCCGUCCUUUCUUCCGAAUCGGAGGAGCUGCGGGUGCUGGGGGCGGGGCUUCUGUUCAUCGGCGCCCUGGGGACGGCGUCCGGCCUGCUGGCCUUUUUCGGAGCGCGCUGGGAAAAGAGAAUUCUCCUGCUGAUUUGCGCGUGCGGGCUGCUCUUCCUGCUAGUGUGCUGCAUCAGCCUUCUCCUACUUCUGCUGCUCAGCAAGGGCCAGAUCGAGGAGAAGGCGGACGCGGCCGUAGGUCGUAUGAUACUCGUCUACAUUGGCCACGGGCGACGAGAUGGCCUCCUGGAUGACCUCCAGCACCAAGCGGAGUGCUGCGGCCUGACGGGCCGGUCCGAUUGGCUGCGUAACGCCUUCGUCCAGACGCUCAACGUCACCGAUUUGCUUCCAUGUUCGUGUUUGCGCACGCUUCCGCGUGACUCGGAGACCGCGUGGUGCUCGUCGGACGGCGAGGUCGCGCAUGAGCAGCCACAUCACGCGCAGGGGUGUGCCGAGCGGCUGUCCAGUUGGUUGCACGAGAACACGGUGACCGUGGUAGGACUGGACGUGGGCCUGAUGGUGGCGCAGGUCCUGCAGGCGACGCUGGCGCUGGAACUCCGGAGGACCAUCGGUCGCAGAGACGCUCGGAGAGCCGCCGACAAGAGGGAGGAGCAGGAGCGGCGAGGUGCCGACGCCGGCUCGGACGCAGACUGA